GUAAAAUGUCCUGUUCGAUUUCUUGAAUCGACCCAACUUUUUUAAGACUGUUAAUAAACGAACUUCGUAAAGCCGAUGCUGAUACAUUCACUUAUUCAGUUCUGGCCUAUCUGUCGUUAAGAGAGGUUGUGCGAUUUUACUUCUUAAUUUUAUAAUAGAAUUCAUUAAGUAAUCGGUCAUAACAAACAAGUUUCUUUUAUUUGUCAUUUAUUUUUUAUAUAUUUUAAUUUUUUCAUCAUUGUAUCUAUUACAUUAAAGUGCAACACUUGUUCAGUAUUAUAAUAGGCAAUUUAAAAACAUGCCUUGUCCAUUUUUAACUCAUCUUUCUGCAAAUUAUAUUCGAAAUUAUGGAACUUCUAUAAUUAUGAAUUAUCGUCAACUUUGUCCAGUAAUGUCUCAGUUUUUUAGUACUCAGACAGAUAUUGCAGAUACUCAACAAAUUGAAAAUACUAUAAAUGGUCAAUGUCCAUUUCUUGCUAAAGAACAAAAUGCUAUAAAAAUUGCUAGUACUAUAAUUGAAGAAGAUAUUAUCAAUGUAUCAUCCAUAGAAUCAAAGGAAAAAGCAAGUUUUCCAUAUGAAGAAUUUUUUCAUGAACAGAUUAUGAAAAAAAAAAAAGACCACUCUUAUAGAGUAUUUAAAAAAGUCAAUCGAUUAGCAGAGAAUUUUCCAACUGCAAUAGAAUAUUCUUGGGGAGAAAAACCAAUCACUGUUUGGUGUUCUAAUGAUUAUUUAGGAAUGUCACGACAUCCUACAGUAAUACAUUCUGUUCGAGAAGCAUUAGACAAAUUUGGUACAGGAGCAGGAGGAACCAGAAAUAUAUCUGGAAAUUCCAUGGGACAUGAAAUAUUAGAAAAAAGACUUGCUUCUUUGCAUCAAAAAGAAGCUGGUUUGUUAUUUACCUCUUGUUUUGUUGCUAAUGAUUCUACUUUAUAUACUUUAGCAAAACUUCUACCACAUUGUCAUAUUUUUUCUGAUGCUGGAAAUCAUGCAUCUAUGAUUCAGGGUAUAAAAAACAGUGGAGUACCAAAGCAUAUUUUUAGGCAUAAUGAUGUACAACAUCUUGAAGAACUUCUUUCCAAAAUAGAUAAAAGUAUACCAAAAAUUGUAGCAUUUGAAACAGUACAUUCUAUGACUGGUGAUAUAUGUCCUUUGGAAGACUUAUGUGAUAUUGCACAUAAAUAUAAUGCUCUAACAUUUGUUGAUGAAGUCCAUGCUGUUGGAUUAUAUGGUUAUUCAGGCGCUGGUAUUGGAGAAAGAGAUUGGGUACUUCAUAAAAUGGAUAUUAUAUCUGGCACUCUUGGAAAAGCUUUUGGUAAUGUUGGUGGUUAUAUUGUUGGAUCUGGUAAAUUAAUAGAUAUAAUACGAAGUUAUGCAGCAGGUUUUAUUUUCACAACUUCAUUACCACCAACAGUAUUAUAUGGUGCCUUGACAGCUAUUGAAAUUUUAGCUUCUGAUGAAGGAAGAUUAUUAAGGGCCAAUCAUCAAAAAAAUGUAGCUUAUAUGAAAUCUAUUUUAAGUACUGCAAAUCUUCCACUAGAACAAUCACCUUCUCAUAUCAUACCAAUAAAAAUUGGUGAUCCAUUAUUAUGUAGUCAGUUAGCUGAUUUAUUAAUAAAAGAUAAAGGACAUUAUGUUCAAGCAAUUAAUUAUCCAACUGUUCCUAAAGGAGAAGAAAAAUUAAGGCUAGCUCCAACUCCAAAACAUACUCAAACUAUGAUGGAUCAAUUUGUAAAAGAUAUAUUACAUGUUUUUCAUCGAUUGAAUAUACCAACAAUUAAACAUAAAUCAAACAACAUUCCAUGUGUAAUUCAGGUUCAUUGACAAAUAUUAAAUCUAAAAAUUUAAAAAAUCUGUAUAAUAUGAUUAUAAUUUAUUUAUGUAUUUACAAAUUUAUAUUAUAUGAAUAUCUAUGCUAUUGAAUAAUUCAAUAGCUGAAAUGUUAAA